CCCUGGUGGUUAAUCCAUUCUAUUAAUUAGUAAUCGCAUAACUACUCUCAUGUUACAAAAUUCAAGUUUCCUGAUGGAUAUUAUGUUCUGAUUGUACUCUAUAUGUUAAUCGGUUCAAUUAAAUGACUGAAAUUUUAUUCUGGCCAUUUUUAUUUAUGAUCCGGCUUGACAAUUUUUAGUAAAAUUUCAUAGCUUCUGAUAACUAUGCCUUGAUGAACAGCAUGGUAGCCGAUGUCCACCGCACAUUCCUUUAUGGGGGGAUAUUUUUGUACCCUGCUGAUAAGAAGAGUCCCAACGGAAAAUUGCGUGUUCUAUAUGAAGUCUUUCCAAUGUCAUUCUUGGUGGAACAAGCCGGAGGUCAGGCUUUCACUGGGCAGCAAAGGGCACUUGAUCUAAUUCCAACAAAGAUACACGAGCGAUCUCCAAUAUUUCUUGGAAGCUAUGAUGAUGUUGAGGAAAUCAAAGCACUAUAUGCUGCAGAAGCAAAAAGGGCGUAAAAGAAU